CGCUCGAUAAAUUUAGUUUGAUAGUACGUUUUAUUAAAUCUACUUGUUUAUAAUUCUUUUUUGAAGCAAAAAAAACAAACAAAGUUGUAAUUUAUAUAAUUAUUUAUUAUUAUUUAUAUCAUGAAAAAUUGUAAUGGCAGAGCUUCAUGUUUUUGGUGAAAUUGAAUCAGCUGAAAAUUUUGGUGAUAUUGCAUUGUUUUGUAAAUGGAAUUUUCAUGCAGGCAAUGGUUGGAGAGUAAUUGAUGGGAAUAUUGAAGGUCAAACUCAAGAGUCUCGUGAUACAUUUACAGAAAAGCCUUACUGGAGUCAUCCAAUUGACAUUCACUACACCACCCAGACAAUCCAAGCAUCACCAAAAUUAUUACUUCAAGUAUUUUGUCGUGAUAAAUAUUCAAGAAUUUUAUUUGUUGCUUAUGGAGUUUGUACUGUUCCAUUGAGUCCAGGUCAACAUAAAAUUAAGUGUUACACCUGGAAACCAAUUGGUAAUUGUUUGGAUCAAUUACGAGAUCGUUUUUUGGGAAUAACACUUCAACUUAAAAGUCCAAAUCUUUUAGCAAAUGGUGGUGAUAGAUUUGAGUUAUUAACACAAAGUCUUGGAACUGUUAAUAUUGUUUUGCAUGUUAUUGCUAAAAAUUUUAUCAAAUUUGGCUGUCUUCUUUAA